UUUUCAAUGUACCUGUUUACGUUGAAAUUUCUUUGGUAUUUGUGUUGUUGUUAAACUUUAGUUGUUUUGCUGAAGUUUGUUAAGCUAUAUGCAAGUGUAACUUCACGUAUUGGCUAGGGCAUGUAUAGGGACAGACUGACAGUGACAGUGUCAGUUGUAGCAGCGACAUGAUUGGAGUAGUUAUGGCAAAGUCCAAUGCUGUUCAUGAGGUAACACCGAGUGGGAUUGCCAAGACCCGGUCUAUUGCUAGCUUCUUCCAGCCAUUGCUACACCAGGCUGCCAACUCGAAACAGAGCCAUGCAGAUCAUCUCUUGAAAUCAGGAAACACUGCCAACACUGGGAAACGUGUGUAUGUCACAGAGGAAGCAGUUACCACGAAAGCAAGUGAUGUGACCUCGCGACAUGCAGGUGCAAAAGAAAUGGAAGCCACGACGUUGGCAGUGUUGGGCAGCCGGCCCGCACGAGUGCGCCGAUGCAAUCGAAAUGUGAAGAAGUCCACGAACAACAACAAUGAUGUCACAGUGGAGAACAAAGGCUCACAUGAUUGUAAUGAUCAACCGAAAGCAGAUGAAAGAACUGCCCUGAAUGGCGAUGCCAAAGAUGUGAGAACCCAGUCGACGAAGCAAACGACUACGUCUAAGUCUACCGAUGAAUCCUGUGCUACGAAGAGCAUCCCUGGGCAUCCAGAUGAUCGUAAUAGCAACAGUGGUCAAAGCAGUGAGCAUGAUGGGUCUCAGUCAGGGUCGACGCCAAACGCAUCUCUGGUCGUUCACCCAGAUUCAUCGAAUAGCGAUUCCCGGGCUUUUGCGUCACCUUCCACAGUUGCCGGCACAGUUGCGUGCACAGGCAGUGACACUGCCUACUGGUUGGCACAAUUCUCAGAGACUGUGGCAAAGCAGGAAAGCGCCAACGAUGAUUCUCCAGAUGAUCGAGAGAGCGGAAUCACUUCUGUUGACAGUGGCAACGACGAGGAUAGCUGUGCACAUGCUCGGUUUACACAUACUGGUAAAACCACCAGCAAAACUGAUGAAGUUCGACUAGAAGACGCUACACGAAAUCUAUUCACUGGGAUGUCCGAUACCUCGUGUGACGAUGAUAACAAAAUGGCGGUGACAACGUUAAAAAUCAAGGCUGCGAGUACAAAUUCAGAGAGCCACCUUGUUGUUGAGCUUAAGUCUGUAGAGGAGACUGAAAAGGAAGAGGAGGGGGAGGAUGUGCUGACGAUAUCAUUUGAGAACUGGCUGGCUGAUCAGAAAGAAGACGCCAAGACCAAAAUUGCUUCGACCGGAUCGCGCCAGAACGAGGAUAUCCCGGAUAAAGUACCGACACCUCUCGGUGACCGCGCCAAACGAGUUAACGUGAAGGACGACUCCGACAUAGUCGACACAGAGCCGGAGGCCGUCACAGUCGCCCCUCAAGUCAGCAUAGCGAGAUUCUUCAAGCCGGCAGCAAAAUUUCAAAAAGCGAGCGGCAGUCUCGCGUCCAACACGAUCAAGGUGAAAGCUGACGUUCACUCGCAGCCGCAAAGUCCGAACAAGCGGCCGGCGGGGCGGACGCCACGCGUACUCGUCCCCGAAACGUCGCCGCCGCCCGCGGAAACUCCGACGCUCGGCAAGAACGGCGACAAGUGCAAGAGGAAGUCGAACGUCUUCGUGGACGACAUUGAUCUGGGCAUCGAGAACAUGAGCGGUCCGGGACAAGUCGGGGUAGCUGACGUACGCCGCCCUACAGCGGACGCCUCGCGAGGGGCGGCCUGCAGCAAUCAAGCGGGCGGAGAACGCUCCGGUAGAGCAACGGACGCUGCCGAUAUCGCCGAGAAAUCUCUCGCGUCUGGUCCGGCCGUCAAGGAGAAGUCCAGUGGCAGUAGAGAACGAGAGGACGAGUUGCAUGCCGAAGAGAUAUCGGCAGAGACGGGUGAUUCUCACCACGGCCAUGGCUUCAGUUCAGAGAGCUCUGGUCCCCAUCACCGUGGUGAUCCGUCUCAACGUGUUGCGGGCACCGCCGGAGAAGGUCGCAGUGAUGGCGACAAAGCGGAGACGUGUUCCGAGGUGAUAGCGCCGCAGCCUUCUCUCACCGUGCCCAAGAAAUGCAAGCAGAUGACCUUGGCUUUUGCGAAGGGCCACAUGAAGUUGAAAAGUCCCGUGAAGGUCGUUGAGAAGGCCGGAGAGAGCGAACGCGUCACGGAAGCGUCGGCGGACGUCCAUUCGGACGACUCUGUGGUCGAGUUCAAAAUCGAGGCGAGGACAGUGAUGAGCACGCCCAAGCAGGAGCGCGCGCGUCGAGGAGUAACGGAUAAAUCUUACGCGAAGAAGAGAAACGAGACGAAUGAACAGUUGGACUCGUCCAUUUCAGAGUUCAUUGUAGUUUCACCAGUGCGGGCAAGCAAACCGACAAGACGCAGUGCUAAGCCGGUAGCAAAGAUGCAGAAGUCCACAACGUCAUCUAGACAAAGGAGGGAGCAAGCGAUUUAUUCGUCGAUGCUGGUGAGGCGGACACCUGGUAAACUCGGGAGCCCGUUUCGCUUGAGGCUGAGGAGAGUAUCGAAGACGUCUCCCAACGGUAGCCAGCGAAGUGACGAUAAACUGUCUUUACAGAUGCUAGCCGGGAAGAAACGGGGCACUCAGCUCAUGAAAGCCAAAAAACUGGUUAAGAAGGCCAAGAAGGUGAAAGGAAAGCGACCUUUAACAACACUACAAGCUAGACAAAAUAAGAGCAGUACGAAAUCCUUAGGAAAGGACACCGGGAAACACCCAAAAACUAAAAAAGUGUCAAUGGCAUCGGAGGUCCAGGAUCCACCGAGAAGAUCGACUAGGACCUGCGCUCUCCUCGCACGCGAGGAGAUACGACAUAUGACAGAGAGAACACCAAGCAGGUCCUGCAGAGAGGUUAGCACACCGGGGAGCAAGCAGAAGGAGCGCAAACUUGUGCUCGAUGACGACGAAGGAGCUUCCACUCCGAAGAGGAAAAGGCACGGCGGGAAAGCGACGCGCGGCAGCCCAAGAAACUCCCCGAAGAAAGGAAAGAAGCUGGCACCGAUAUUCGCGCCAUCUGCCGAUGUCAUACUGGUGAAGAAACCGCUCACAGCGCAGGAGCUUGCCGCAAGAGAGACGAGACUCAAGUUUCUCAUGAGCAGUGUACCGGAUGCCGUUCGUAAACAGCAGCAGGCAGUGAAGCCGCUUGACAUGUCAACCAUCCCGGAGUAUUCCCCCUGGCCGGAGGUCAGUCACGUGCAGCAGGCCGAUGCCAGCUGGGUGUGGACGUUGUCCGAACCGGAGGAUGUGACGCUACAAACUCGGUCGAGAGACGAAUGGAAACUUGCGCCCGUGACAGCGCCGGGAGAUUUUCAUCUUGUCAGCAGCAAUUCUGACCAGCAGACGAUGUCGCACAAGGUCUUUAGCAACCAUCCUGCUCUGUCACGGUCCGUGGUGAGGCUGCUAUUAGCAGAAAUGGGGCAACAAAGCCCGGAUUUUCCAGUCAAGCGCACGUUUAAGCAGUAUUACGCUAAGAAACAAUCGUAUGACAAAUCGCUUUUGGAACAAGAAGCACCUCCAGCGACUGAUGUGCUUCCCGAGCCGAAGAUGCAGUGUUCGGGUAGGGAAACGGUUGCGGCUUCGACUGCUAAGCGAACACAGAAGAGGAAAGCAAAGGAAGGGGAGGAGCUUGAGACAGAGGAAGCAGGAGGCAGACGAAAACGAAGGAGAGGAAGCUGUACGUCAGAAGAAGUGAAUGCAAAGGUCUGCCAACCGGAAAGUCGAGUGACCAGAGGAAAAAAGAGACAACGGUCGGGCAGUGUUGAAAUCAUUGAGCCAGACAGUUGUACGGUGAAGUUGAAGAACUCCGAAGUCAUUGACAUUUCUUCAGAUGCAACACACACUUCAAAACUAUCUUCAGGAACAACUGACGGCAAACUGGGUGGAGAUUUGUGGACAGAUAAGUACCAGCCCACAUGUGCAACCGAAUUGAUCGGAAACUCGGCUAGUGUGGCGAAGCUCAAGCGUUGGCUCCAGGACUGGAAGCAGACCAUGAAAAGAGAGAACGAAGACUUGCAGAGGAAGAAAAAAAAUAAAAGCAAGCAGAAAGGCUGUAAGAGCAAGGAUGAGUCGGGUGAUAGUGAUGCUGACUUUAUCGUCAGUGACAGCAGGGACAGUUGGCGAAGUGAGGAAGAAGAAGACAAUGACAUGUGCACGACGAUGCUCAUAGAGGGAGCCAGCGGAAUCGGAAAGACUGCUGUUGUUUACGCCCUCGCAGAGGAAUUGGGCUUCAAAGUGUUUGAGGUGAACGCGUCAAGUCGUCGAACCGGAAAACACAUCCUCUCCCAGUUACAAGAGGCCACUCAGUCUCACCAUGUCUCCAACCAACAAUCUGAGGGUGUGAGUAUGAGUGACAUGUUAAAGGCAGCACUCUCUGACGAGACCACAGCAAAGAGUCAGCGUCCGUCAAAAUCUGCGCCGAACGCAUUUAGUGCUUUCUUCAAAGCUGCAGCUCCUGCUAAGGCAAAAACUGCAGUCCAGAAAAAUUCUCCUAGAAAAGGUGAAAAAGGGAUGAGGAAAUGUGAACGGGAGAUUGCAUACGAUGAUGACAAGAGUAUCAGUCAGACAACCAACACUCAAGCUGCAAGCGUGAAGCUAUCAAACAACUCGUUAAUCUUGUUUGAAGAAGUGGACAAUGUAUUUGAGGAGCUAGAUGAGGGAUUCUGGCCAGCUGUCAACAUGUUCAUAGCCACGACCAAGCGACCUAUCAUCAUGACCACCAACCACCCUGACGUCAGCCUCAAACUGAAAAUUACAUACGAACAGCUGUCAUUUCGCGUCCCCACUUACACGACGACGGCAAGCCACCUGCAGGCGAUGUGCCUCGCGGAGGGAGUGCGCACCGAUCAUCGUGACAUCCUCUCUCUCGUCAGCUUCCUCACCGGCGACAUCCGCCGAUGCAUGCUCUCGCUGCAGUUCUGGGUGAAUUCGGGUGCCGGAACCCUGCCUGAGCUCCCAAGAUUCCUCCCCACGCUCCCAACAUCCCUUCCCACACACCCAGCAUCCCUGCCCGUGCUCCCAACAUCCUCGACCGGGCUUCCAACAUCCCUGCCGGAGCUCCCGAGGUCUCACUCACAGGACUACAAGCAGGUGUGCGAGUCGUCAAACCCCGCCACCGCUACCCUCUGCAAAGAUGACAAAUGCGAGGGCACUAAUUCAAGAGAAAUCCAGCAGGGGGUGCCUGCGAGUGGCACACGCCCCUUUGACGAAGGUGACGCGUUGCCGGGAGCGGACGAGGCGCCGCCGGGGGUCCGCCGCGGCUGCCUGCGGUCGCUCUGCGGCAUCGCCGCGGCGACGGCUGCCCCCAACGACGCGCGCGGGCUGAGCAAGCUCGCGACGCUGUGCGCCGUCGUCGGCGUCGACGUCCUGCAGCACGUUCUCGUGUCGCGUCUGCUGCCGCUGCCGGCGAGCAUCGUCGCGUCGCGCGAGCGUCUGCGCCUGUCCGACGACGGCUGGCGGCGGCUGACGCCCGCCUGCAGGUGGCGCCGCAUCACGGCGUUCCUCGACAGCAGCGACGAGUCUUCGGACGGGCUCGCGACGGCCGCUCGGAGAGGCGGCGACGCCGGGUCGGCGCGGGAGGUUCCUGCUGGGGAGAGCGGAGACAGAGGGGAGGACGAACGCGGCGGCGGUGGCAAGGGAGAGCAUUGCGCGAUUCGGGACGAGCGUGGGGAGAAGCCGUCGCCGGCGGAGGCGCGGAGGAGAAGGUGCGUUUACGAGGCCGUCCGCUCGCUGUCAGACCUGUGCGACGUUCGGGCGUUCGCGGACACCUACGCUCCAGUGCGGGAGAGAGGCGACGCACCUCUGGAUAGUUUGCGGCCCGCGCUCCACGCGGCAGAUGCUCGGCGGCUGUACGACGGUGAUUGCAGCACUUCGGAUGACAUGCGGUUAGAUUUGGCUGCCUCCGUGAAAGCUCUGUCCAUAACUCGCUGCUCGUCUCGCCUCGGAAACUUGUUAAAAGACUCGCCAGAUGGAGACACCGUGCAAUGUUUGACGAUUCCCGUACACGAGAUGCCAGCAGGUGGUGGAGUGCAGUUGUCCAGCUCAUAUCUUGUCGAUGAGAGGACUAGUCGAAUGCAGAGGGAAGCUGUGAUAUCGGUGGCCCGGCUCCUACCCGCGUGUGUGCAGGGCAAGUACGCGUGCAUCGGUGCUGACUACAUGCCAGCGCUGAGAGCAAUUAACAGGGCAGAGAAGAAGAAACAGGAGGAGAGCGGCAAGAGGAGAGGAAGAUUUCUGCACUACUUCAGUCAAAUCUCUCUUCAUCUGAAGACAUCAACUCUGACUUCGCUCACUGAUGCUUUCACCUAGGACUCUACUGUCUUAGAAUACAUGUGGUAACAUUACUAUAGGUUUAAAACGCUUUUUCUAUUAUCUUAGAUUUGAAUAAUGCUACUAUGCUAUAAAGUAUCAUAAUAUAUUCUCAAAUUCUAGACUAAUGUUCCCUUUUAAUUGUCCUUGUCCCCCACCUUAUUCUGUAAGCAGUGCACCUGAAUUCACACAUGCUGCAUGUAUAUUGUCUGUGUGGAGAUCGAAUGAUAUAAAAUGACAUAAAACUAUAUAACUAUAUAUAAAGAUGAUUGCUGUCCGCGAUUGUUAGAUAACGCGCGUAAUUGUGGGGAUCUAAUUGCCGGAUGUCGAAUGAUUAGCACCAUCAUCAUCGUCAUUAUCGAAUGCAUUCGAGUCGGUUUUUUGUUGACCGAUCAAUGAACUUGAUGUUAAAGUGUACGUGUCUGCUGCUGCGGCCGGGAGAGACUUGUAGCUCGGCUCGCUUGUAAAUACCCGCACAUAACAAUGGAAUCGUAUAGUGAAGCCGGCAUACUCGCGCGGCGGUCACCUUGAAAGCUACGAUGUUCGUAAAUCAGCAAAUUGUUUUGGGGCUGGUAAUUUUCGUGCCUUUUAUGAUCGGCGCUCGAUUACAGAUACAAAGUGUCUCGUCAUUCUGUGCGUCAUAACUGAUGCAUGAUCGUAGCGGCACGAGAGUCGGGAGGGUUUCCGAGGCAGCGGCUUGCGACAAUGGCUAUCACGAUUUAAAUCGGGAGUUUAAGAUAUGAAUAGAAAAUUAGGCACAGUCGUAAAGUUUUGUGUGGUGUUUUUUUCUCUUCUCGUGGAAAAUGAGACCAGUCAUGGUUGCAACAUGAACGAAACAUGUUCACUGUCGUUCUAGGAAGUGUUACGUGGACCAUUGUUGUGCUUAAGGGCAUAACAUACGACAUAUGAGCUGUAUUGUCACACAUCCUGUUUUGCCAAUCUGAUUGUCGAAACUAUAAAUUUCACAUAUAUUUAUUUACAUGUGUUUGGAAUAUAUGUCAACUGCAUGGAAAUGUAAGACUGAUUUUACCAAGAGCGUAUAAAGAAGGUCCUUCUACGUUCUAUUCUUUAUACGCUCUUGAUUUUACACAUUGUCAUAACAGGUAAAUAGACGCUGUAUAUGUAUGCAUGUAGAAGUUUGGUAUUUUUCCAACAAAGGAGUUUAAGUAAAUAAAAAAGUAAAAUUAAAAA